AUGAAUAGUCAUAAUCUCAAAAAACGCCGGCCCUAUGGCCACGAGGAUCCCCCUGCGGUGCCGGUGGCCCAGGGUCCUUUAUUUUCUGCAUCUGCCACCGUUGCUGCUCCCGACCACUUCUCCUCUCAGGAGUUACAAAUACUCGAGCGUGCUUCCGCCAUUCUCAGAUGUCCGUUUCCUCAGCUUCUAGAACUUAACAGAGUCCCCUAUCAGCAACACUCCUCGGUCUCCCCCAGGACUCAUACCGCCUCCCAUAAGAGACCACGUCUUGACACAGACAUCUCACCAAUGCAUUCUCACCAGAAGCCUCCACACUCAGGCCACGACGCCUCUGAUCAUCGUCGCCGCCCUGAGGGUGCAAACAACUCUCUAUUCGGGGUGGAUGGCUCGCGCAUCGUAGAGUAUCUCGCCAACAUCUCCGUGUGUUCACCAUGCACGUCAUGUGAGCCCCAAGGUUACGCCGGAAUCCCGGCAACGGCGCCUUACGCCUACGCUCAGACAAGGCCGAUGUUUGAGCACAAGCCGUCGUCUUCACACUCCCAGCCAGGACCAAUGCAUUCUCAAGCAGCCGGUGCUUUUACAUACGACGAUACUGUCGUCGGCCAGCCGGUGAUGCCAAAUUAUCCUGCUUUGCAACCAGACAGACCAAUGGCUGUCCAGCCCAACACGAGUGGCGAAGGCAUGGUUUAUCCCGAGACAGUACCCGUCCAAAGGUACCCCGGCCGCACAGAGAUGCAACAGAGCUCUCCAACCUCGACUAACAGUCACGUGACGGGGUCCCAGUCCUAUACCACGCCGCUUAACAGUCCUGAGGAACCCAGUAGAUGCUAUAGCGCAGCCCAAGGCAUACUGGAUUCCGAGGCAGGCGGCGCCCAGAUCCCUAGCCAGUCCCGUGACCUCGACAUUGUCCGAACUAACCAGCGUCCUCCUCCAGCGAGAAGGGGCCCUUUCAGGACCAACGUGGAACGGGAACAGACGGCCGAAACCAGAAGGAUUGGCUCUUGCAUUCGGUGUCGCAUGCAGAGGAUACGGUGUGAGGCCAAUCCUGAAAACAAAAGCGGCACCUGCCUGACCUGCCAGAGGGUCUCCAAUGUGAAAAUCUGGCGGAUGCCUUGCCUUCGCUACAAGAUCACAGAUGUGAAACUUUUCAAGCCUGGUCAGGUCAAAGGCCAUGAAUGGACUGCAAGGUGGGUGGAAGGCAUCGCAGAUGACAUCUCGAAUUGGGAGUCGACGGAGAUCAAGACUAUUGAGGUAACUGAGGGCUACACGGAUCAGCCGGUCCGCCUUCGAGUUCGCAAAUUCAAACCCCAAGAGGGGGACAAGCUCAAGCGGUACUGGGUCUACAACGGUGAACGGCGGGAAGCGGAUAUCCCGCCGUACGCCAUCGUGAACCUCGAUGAAGCCAAGGGGGCAUAUUCUAGUUACAUUAACCAAGAGUUACCCAAGUGUUGCAAGAAUGUGCUCUCGGGCAAGGAGGCACUUCUGACGGCAACGUACGUCGCAGCAAUCAGAGCGGCGAGAGAGCCGGGGGUCGACGAGAAGGAAAGAGACCUUUUGAGGAAGGCGCUCCAAUUGUGGAUGGCCAUUCGACUGACGACUAAAUCUACCAUCAUCGUGGGGAAGGAGACACUGGGCAUCGAACCCAUGGACGAGACCAGUCCUCUCCGAGGAUGCAUCCCCUUGCCACCGGUGAUGGGCGCACAGAUCGAACUGGUCUUGAUUCAUCAAAUCCAGUCCAGUCUUCGACGAGACUUGCUUGAGACUCUGCAGUCCAUGACCCAAGCCAACAAACACCAGACGUGGUACACGACUUACCUCAUUACUUUCAUACUGUUGCACAAUGUGGCCCUCCUGUGCCAGCACGAUGCUGGUUAUGCUCGCAAACAUGGAUUACCCGUGGGUCAACCGCUCCUGGAUGACACUCGGUUUGCGAGAGAAGACAUGGUUCGGGAGUACCAGAUGGGCGCGAACAUUCUGUUGGCAUACUUCCACUAUUGCAACAAAGGCAUAUACCCGUUUUCUGCGCAAUGCAAGGACUCGGACUUGACGACGUUGGCGGAGCUGGACGAGACCAAGACAAAGUUCGUUAAGCUCACGAGGUCGAAUGUUGAAAGACACAAGAACUCGUGGACGAAGAUGCGACAGAGUAACGAUCAUGAGAACGACUUCUACUAUAUAAGUCAGUUGUUCGAGGAGAACUGGGUGCCGCAGGGGGCCAUCUGA